CCGAACGGGUGGCAUUUUAAGUUAUUUAAUUUAGUAUCCCACAAUGCAAUUCUUCAAAAGACUCAAAUCCCAUAGUUCCGGUUUAUAGGACACACGCUUGCAAAUAAACAUUAGCUGAGCAAAUCAGCUUAACUUCUGUGACAAAAAUGUCUUUCAAGCGGGAGGGAGAUGACCCCAGUCAACUAAACAUCCUCAAGAAGCGUCGUGUGGCAGAUCUAUUAUCAAACUUUAUUCCCGAGGAUGAAGCUGCCCUUAUGAAAAACGGAAGGUACACUUGUUUAGUGUGCUCCUACCGGCCUGUUUUUGAUACUGUUGACAUGCUGGCAGUUCACCGAAAGGGAAAGAGACAUCUUGAAGGGCUAAAGUGGUUUUAUGGGAAGAAGGAGAAGUUUCAGAACGAACUUGAGAAACGGCGACAUCAUGAUUAUGUUCAGGCUGAGGAGCAAAAGAAGGAUGACAUUAGCCCUGCUCCUCUGCUUACUCAAACGCGUAAGAUUACCCAUCAUGCUUUGCUGAAGUCCACUCCUUACAGUAGCUGUCACAAGAAGACUAGCACUAUGUCAGAAAAAGAGUCAGGUUCUCAUCCAGACUGCAACAGACUGUGUUACCGAAAGCCACCCACUGAGGCAGCAGCGAGGAUCAGUGUGGAAUCGACCGCACUCCCCAGCAACUCCAGCACAGCAGUGCCCCAGAAACACCAUUCACCUGCAAAGAAGAAGCAUGUUGGCAAGAAAACAUCCUGCUCCACAGGUGUCUCAGGGCCAGGACCUCCGUCAGCGGAGAGGCGCAGAGAGCUGGAGCACUAUCUCAAACUGAAAAGCUCAGGAUGGGUGCAGGACAGGUGUGGGAACUGGGUUAAGGACGAGAACGUUGAAUUUGAUUCGGAUGAAGACCAGCCCGCUCCUCUUCUACCCAGCAGCAAGCCGCAACGUCUCGAAGAGCAGGAGAAACUUUGACCCCGCUGCUGACUCUGACCUCAGUCUUAUACCUUUACCCCGCUGUGUCAGCCUACCAAGGAACUGCUGGCAUAGUGAGUAGACUGAUUACACCAACACCUCAGCAAGUGUUAUCACCCAUCUUAGGAGCUGUGAGUCGGCUCAGCUGGAUAUAAAUUGACACAGUUGUAUACGGUGAACCACAUGUUUCCAUCUGCUUGCAUAGCAUACUUCUUGAAACCUGGGGUCUAGUUCAGGCUCAACUUGAAUUUCAUUCUCUCCAUUACAGUAAUUUAGAUAUUUUUAAAUGUAUGCAGGUUACCAAAACCUUUGAAUGAAAAGUCUGAAAUCACUUUGGUUUGAAUAAUUGUCUUUCUAAUAUUUUUUAAAAAUUGUUCUUUGCUGAUGUGAUGGAGGUCAGUCUCAAAAUGACACUACUGCAAAAGAGACAUCAUUUCAUUCAUUCAUUUUUACACAUUCCUUCUGAGAAGAGAAAUACUGCUCAUUGUUGUUGUGACGGAACAUCCCAGAAAACCAUCCUGGCUACAAACAGAAAGCCCACAGAGAAUUGUUGUGUCAGCUGAUGUCAAGUCAUCUGAUUUCAUAGGGUAACGGUGUGAAUGCCUUUGGCACGAGGUUGUUCUUUGUACCCAAUCUGCAAAAAUUCCAGACAUUAAACUAUGAGCCUGAGGAAA